UAAAAUUUUGUAAUCUGAAAUAUUUUGGAAAUAUUAUUAUUUUUUUUUCUCUCUCAUCUUAUUUGCUUUACGGCCAGGCCCUCAGCCUCUGUUCUCAGAGGCGAGCUGAUUUUCUUUCCCAGCCUCAUGCUAGGCUAGCAUUCUGGCUAAUAUUUCUCCCGCCUCCAGGCACGUCGGAGCCGGUAACGUUAUUUCUUCGCGGGUCACCUUUUGCUAAGAGCAGCUUGUGAAGCAGUGCUGAGCCCUGCUAACUCUGUCACGAAUCGGUAUAAGGUUCACUAGCAGCAAGACACGACAGGAGGAUCCCGUGGGCCUUGUGUCCCACAGACCAUGCGUUUUUUGAAGCCACCCCCCGCCUGCUCACCCACCCUCUCUUCUCAGAAGUGGCUAGGAGCGACGACCGCUCGAGUGCGUUAACCGAACUCAAGGCCAUCUCAGGCUUGGCAGCCGCAGUUACGAUUCUGCACCUUAACGACACCUAGCGACGGCUGUGGUAACUAAUGCCACUUGUGAGGCGUCGGCAGCGCCGACACUACCGCGCUCGCGCGGAGGUAACGACAACCUCUCUCCCCUCCUUCUGUCUCAGGCCGCUAGGUGGCACCACUGGUUACUCCAUUAACCCCCUAGCUUGGCACUCUCGUCGGUCACUAGUCGAUUUAUUAGUACUUCCUCUCGCAACCAAAAGAUAGCGCCUCAGUCGCGCAGUCACUCCAGUAAGAUCUAAUUUUUUUAUGCCGGACACCUUCGGGUGGACUCGGUAAUUUUCGGCUCAGAGCCUAACCCCCCUCCCAUUCUCUAGAGACCCCGCGCUUAUGAUAUUCGGGUGAUAUCCCGCGCUGAACUGACUUCGGUGCGCGCCUCCGGACUGACUGGUACCGUUUGUAUCUGCGAUCUUCUGCGAAUCAUCGACAUCGUAUAUUAUGUAGUCUUCUCAGACUAAAGGGAUGGAGUCCCUAGCUAAAAUUAUUAACCAGUCAGUAGUUUAGUUGAAAGUACCUAGAGAAAUUUAGUAUUUUUUUUAUAUUUUUUUUAAAAUUAAUCAUGAUGACUUCCGUGGCUACCGCGAAUCGUGGUUCGAGUUUGCGGAGACGAGACGCCCUCUCCUGAGCGCCAGGACCAACACCCUGUUUUGACAGGGUUCCAAGUUUGGGGCAACCAAAAUCCUCUGCCAUAACCUCUGGAGUCGGUUCCUGCGCAGAAUCCAACAUCAUUAGGCCUACGACCUUGAUCACCGUCUACCUACAGCCCCGGGUGAUACCCGCAUAAUUCUAUCUUUUUAUUCACGAACCCAAGAUUAGUGUAACCCAGUUAAGACAGCGGACAGUAAAAGGCAGUUCGAGGAGAAGAAAUUUAUAUUAUGUUUUGGAAGGACUAUAUGUACAAUCUUUAAAGUUACCAAUGUUAAUUUCAUUCUUGUUUUUAAAUAUUUUAAUUUUUGUUAUACCUUCAGGGCCGGCCCUAUCGUAAAUAACGUUAAGGAAUAUCAUAUAAUAAGUGUAAUUGUGAGUUAUGUAAAUAAGAUCACUUAUCAAUGAAAAACAGUCUUUACUAAGGAAAAUUUAAUCUAUCAAAAAAAAAAAGAACAAUGAUUAAUAAAAUAAGGAAGUCUAUAGACGUAACAGUUGUUUUUAUUUAUUUAAUAUAUAAUAACGAUCCUUUUACUCCCAAGUAUUUGUAGGGAGUCCCUAAAUUUUCUUUGUUUACUCCUAGUGUCGCCUCUGUUGUUGACUUUUAUAGUUAUUAAUUGAGGGCCUCAGUAAUCAAAGCUUCCAAAUCUUUUAACCUUAUUAUUUAAUUAUUCUUUAAGACACUUGGGGUAUUACAAAAUGGUAGCAGAGCGUGGUUACGUCUAUAGGCAUACCUAAUUUGAAAGGUCAUACCUAAAAUUAAAAUUUAAAAAAAAAAAAAAAUUUGAAAAAAAAAAAUUUAUAUUUUUUUUGUCACUUAGAAUCUUUUUGUAGUAAGUAAUUUAUGAACUGUCCGCUGAUACACGUAGUAGCUAAAUUGACCCUUGAAUCUUAAAAUUAUCAUAAGUUUUGUGUGUUUACAUUUGAGCGCGCACUGUGAGCAGCUGGCUGGCUGCCCGCCCACGCAACUCGGGCCGCGCGCGUGGCUUAUCAACAGAGACGUGUCCGCUGGACAAGAUACUCCCUCCCCCCCCAAACCCCUAGUUAAAGGCGCUGCGCGCCAAGGUCAGUCCUGCCGGCUGACGUGACGUUCCUUGUAGGUACCCUGUUGUGCAAGCUAACCUGACAGCUUGUUACACCCGAGUACACUGUUCAUUUCCCGACGCGCGUAGUAAUAAUAAUAAUAAAUUAUGAAGGCACAUACUUCCCACGCAAUAAAGCAAUUGUUUUAAUCAUAAGCUAGAUUUAAGUGUAUACCUAAGUUUAAAGUUUAAGAGAUAAUUUUAAGAGGGUAGUGUUUUGUUUUGUGUAAUACUAUGAAUCCGGACAGGAUGAUUACUCCGGAGCUAUUACUAGUAGAUGAACUAAGUUAUGAGUUGCAGUUGCGUAAUUUACCAACUACUGGAAAUGCGCAAGAUCUGCGAAAAAGGCUUCGAGCCGCAGUACGUGAUAAGUUACCUACCUCAGUACAUAAUCUAAAUUUAGAAAUACUCGAGGAAUUCAACAUAGCUUGCUCCAAAUUUUACGACAUAGCUGCUUUCGUAAGUUAUUCAGAUGUGGAAGAGAAUUUGCCCAAUGUAAAGCGACACAUUAUGCGAUUAGAGCAUGUCACCAGACGACUGGAAAAUCUUGUGGUACUUUCCGAUGAUGUGCUCAAUGGUGUUUAUCGAACAGAGCUAGAUCCUUGUCUGCAACAGACAAACGCCUUCCAAAUUAAAUUGAAAGCUAGGGCAGCCCAAUUAGAAACUCAAUAGGACCUCCGGGCCAACAUUGCCCAGGCAGAAAACCUAGGAAUGGAAACACUAGGAAAUGUAGAGAGUGAGAAUCCGCAAUUUCCCCAGGAAAUAAGGCAACCCGACUCACAAGUAUCUUUGUGCCAAACAAGGCAGGUUCCGCCCAUUUCAUCAACAUCUCAAUCAUUCUUCGCAGUUUCAACCCCUCCCAUCCCAGCAGCCACCACUCAAAUUCCCUCAGGCGUGCAUGUUUCUACAGCUCCCAUCACCAGUGUCACAUUUUCCGGUAACUUGCCUGCAAAUCCGCAUCCUUUAACACAGCAAAAUUUGUUUUUCCCAUUCGCCACAAACCAGUCAUAUUUUAAUCCAUAUUCCCAGUUUCAUUCUUUAUUGACAUCCGGGCAAGGAACUCCAAUCCCUACCAUCCCCACCGCGCAAAUUGCACAUCCUUCACCCCCACCUCCGCCAUCAACGCAGAAUCAUCCAGAAACAACAUUACCAGUUACGCCAAGGGCGGCUGAGUAUAGCUGUUAUGGGAAAAUUGCCCAUCCAGUCGAGAGAUUACUUGUUGGUUUUCCAGAAACAAGUGGUCUUGACCCAGAUAAAUUAAUCGAAUUCAUAAGGCACUUACUUAAAAUCAGACAGAAAGGGGGCAUUCCUGACAAACAGUUGUUGGAGAUAGUUUUUCCCUACACCCAACCACCACUGAGUGAAAGAACGAGUCAAGCAAUAGAAAAUAGUUACUCUUUUGACAAAUACCACGAAGAAAUUUUGAAUUUUUUUAUACCUGGCCGACUUUUGACAAAUUACCGUUUGGAAUGGUACAACAGGCUACAGCGAAGUAAUGAAGCAUUGCCACACUAUGUAGCAUCAAUCAGAGAAGCCGCGGCGGUUCUCAGAUUGGGUGUAUCAGAGAGCGAAAUAGUUAGUUGCAUAGUAGACGGACUAAAUCAGGCAGAGCGCUCACGCGCUGUUUUCCAGGCUAGGCCACGGAGUUUUGUAGAACUAGAUCAACUCUGUAUACAGGCCAUGAGUUACGAAUAUGCAGACACUCAGAGAAACAGGUCAGCGAAGUCCGUGGAUAAGCAUGAUUCUCAGGCAGAAACUGCAAAUAGUUUUCCAUACACGAAACAACAAAAUAGCCACCCACAACAGAAAACAAACUACUACAGAAAUAAUAAGUAUAAUUCAAACAAGAACAUACAACAACAAACAACUUUCUGUAAUUAUUGCAAGCAAACAGGACAUUACAUUGAGCAAUGUAACCACAAAAAUUUCAAACCAAAUUUCAACAAGGCAAAAAACGCGUAAGGCGGUGGCCAGGCAAAUUUCUACCUGGUCCACCUAAAACUUCAUCCGAGAGGAAUUUUUCAGUGCAUAAUGUGCAUACUAACGAAUCACAAAAACAAAACAAAAAUCAAAAAAGGCAUAACACAGGAAAACAAAAACACAAGAAAAAUAAACGAAAGAAAUACACAGAAAAAGACAGAAAACACAAACAGAAGAUUAUGACACAGCAAAUUAAUCAUAAAGAUAAUUCUGAGAAAUUCACAAGAAUUUGCAAAACAUGUGUUAGCCUGACUAACAAGGGAAAACGUAAGUGUCACAACAUUUUCGGUCACGUCCGAACUGUAGUACCAUACACUAAAGCAAUGUUUGGCAAAAAUCAAAUUAUUGGUCUGAUUGAUACAGGAGCUACUCGUAGUUUUAUUUCAGGCGAUUUGUUUAGGGAAUUACAGAAGAACAAGCAGGUUCUGAAAACAGAAGUCACGGAUGUGCGCUGUUUUACUGCAGCGGACGAACCAAUUAGUAUAUCCAAAGUGGCUAUAGUGAAAAUCAGGAUAGAAUUAUUCACUUGGAAUUUCCCUUUUCUUGUGGCAGAAAACUUAGCCACGCAGCUUAUUCUAGGCUCAGACUUCAUCGCUAAAACAGGUAUUUUAAUUGAUCUACAAGCAGGAAGUUUUGUAUUUAAAUUUAAUAAAAAUCUUGUCAUAUCAUUCGUGGAACCUGAAAAUAAAAGGUCAGGACAAGUUACUAAUGUUUCUACCAACACUGACGAGAGAAAUUCUUUGUCCCUGGAUCAUCUCGAGCCCAGUAAACAAGUUGCUAUUCGAGAUUUGUGUAAUGAAUUUUCAGAUGUGCUAACUAAGAAAUUAGGUCGAACUAACCUAAUUGAAUAUCAAAUUGAAUUGACUGAUACCACGCCAGUCAAAAGUCAUCCUUAUCAACUUUUAGGUCCUAAAAUGGAAAUUAUGAGAAAACACGUACAGAAAAUGUUAGAUAAUAAGGUAAUAGAACCUUCUAAUUCUCCUUUCAGUUCAAGUAGUAUAUGAUAGCCGGUCCGGAAACAGGAUGCAGGAUGUGGAUUGAUGAUUGUCGGUCCGCCAUCUUGGAUUGUGACGUCACGGCGGCCAUCUUGGAUGACCUUGACCUUGACCUUUGACCUUGACCUGGAAUUUGAUCCUCAAAAAUCGCCAAAAUCCGCCAAAAUUGGGCAAAAAUUGCCCAAAAUUCCUCAAAAUUCGCCAAAAUUUCCAUUUUUUUGAAAAAAAUUUCCGCCAAAAAAUCUCAAAUAAUUACACAGUUCAAAAAUUAGGAUUUCGAAAAUCCUCAAAAGUCGCUUUGCCCUAGAAAAAACGAAAACUCCUAAAAGCGGCUUAAAACUCCUAAGAGCUAGCCGCUCUAAGCCGUCGAGGUCAUGACCUUGAAAAUUAGGAUGCCAUGGCAGCCAUAUUGGAUGAUGACGUCACCGUUGCAAUUUUCGUUACGGCCGCCAUCUUUAACUUUUUUAUUUAUUAUUCGAUUUUAAUGAAUUUUUUUUUAAAAAUUAUAAAAAAAUUAAAUUAAUAAAAUUUUAAUAUAUAUUUUUUUUUAAAAAUUGUACUUUUUAGACACGGAGUUCGGAGUCCUCGGUUCGAACCCGACGAGGGCAAAAAAAAUUAAAAAUGGCGACCGAUCCUUCCCCCGUGGUGGGUGCUGACAGACUGGCCCCCACCACUUAUGUCAAAGUAUACAUAUCUUCACCUAGUAUGAUGUCAUGUCCGCCAUCUUGAAAUUGAGACGCCAUCUUGAAAAUCUUUAUUUAUUAUCCGAUGUUAAUGAAAAAAAUUCCAAAAUUCAUCAAAAAAUUAACGUAUUUGAAUUCCGAUUGAUUAUAUCGAUUACCGUCCUCGGUUCGAACCCGGUGAGGGCAAAAAAUAAAAAAUCAGAUCCUUCCACCACAGAAGUCACCUACAGAUUGACCUACCUCCACCAAUAACAAGGUAUUUACCAUCAGCUGGUAUGACAUCAUGUCCGCCAUCUUGUCUUCGUCCGCUGGAGUCCACCAUCUUGUUUUCGUCUGCUAGAGUGUGCUGACAUCAUGUUAAUAUAUUGUUCUGUUCUCCAUACCUUUAACCUUGUAUAUUAACAUUAACUUGGACCUUGACCUUGAACUUUGACCUUGACCUUGAACUUUGACCUUGACCUUGAACUUUGACCUUAAACUUUGACCUUGAAAUUUGACCUUGACCUUGAAAUUUGACCUUGACCUUGAAAUUUGACCUUGACCUUGAAAUUUGACUUUGUCCUUGAAAUUUGACUUUGUCCUUGUCGGCCAUCAUGGAUCCGACAUUUUUUGUUCAUUACAUGAUACCAGGAGCCACCACCUGCCGGAGUACGCCAUCUUGUGUGUGUACUUGUAUUAUAGAGGACAUUCCCAUCUGGAUAGUUUUAUUCUAACCCGCUACAGUGCAGUAAUCAUUUAUUAUGGAGGUGCUCCCCGCCAUCUUGAAAUUCGACCACCAUCUUGAAAUCAUGUAAUAAUGUAGCUAGAAAAGCGGGAAAAAAAUCCACAAUUAAUUAAAUAAAUUUGUAAUCCAUAUAAUGAUUGAUUGGAUCGACUAAGGUCCUUGGUUCGAUCCCUGGCCGAUACAAAACAUCUUUAAUUUAAAAAAAAAUACUAAAAAAGUGUUGGUUUAAGAAAAUAAAAACACCACAAGUUCUUUUUAAAAAAAUGUUAUUACAUAAAUUCAAUAGGAAACGAAACGUAUACACACAUUACACACAGGAAACGGAACGUACACACAGUACACACAGGAAACGAAACGUACACACAGUACACACAGGAAACGAAACGUAUACACACAUUACACACAGGAAACGGAACGUACACACAGUACACACAGGAAACGGAACGUACACACAGUACACACAGGAAACGGAACGUACACACAGUACACACAGGAAACGGAACGUACACACAGUACACACAGGAAACGGAACGUACACACAGUACACACAGGAAACGGAACGUACACACAGGAAACGAAACGUAUACACACAGUACACACAGGAAAUGGAACGUACACACAGUACACACAGGAAACGGAACGUACACACAGUACACACAGGAAACGAAACGUACACACAGUACACACAGGAAACGAAAUGUAUACACACAUUACACACAGGAAACGGAACGUACACACAGUACACACAGGAAACGAAACGUAUACACACAUUACACACAGGAAACGGAACGUACACACAGUACACACAGGAAACGAAACGUAUACACGCAGUACACACAGGAAACGGAAUGAUCACACAUACAGUAGCGGAAACACACACGCUUAGUUGGAAAUCAGAAUACAAGAAAUAAAACAUACUUUAAAACAUAUAAUAAUUUAUUUAUUUUUCAAUAGUACACACAUGAAAGUUAAUCAAUUUAUUAGUCCAUCAUUUUUACAAAGUAUUGUGGAUCUACUGAAUAUCGGCUUGGUUGUAUUCUCACUUUUCACGGUGUUGUUACUUCCAUUAGUUUCAGUCUUCACGAAGCCAUCAGCAUCCUUCAAUUUAUGUUCUUCAACAUGAUCGAUCGAUCUAAUACCAUCUCGCUCAGGUCAAGGAAAAAUUAUUGUUGUAUUCUUUAGUCUAGUGGAUCCAUCGAUGUGAUCUAUGACGUAAGUAGGCUUGGCUUUACAUGUUCUACCAUGUCUUUUUAAUCCCACAAUUCGUGUUAACAACCUGAUACACCGAUUACAGCUUAACAUUUUGCGUAGUGGGUUUUUAACACAAUCAUUCUUCUCAUACCGUUCAGCAUUCUUUAUCAAGGUAAACACCUUGCUACAGUAUCUGCAGUGAUGUUGUUUUGAUACAGCUACAUACAUCGAAG